GAAUCCCCAACUCCGGUUAGUGUGAGUCAUAUCCUGUACGACUUGUACAGUCCAGGAAGUGUGAAGCUAAGUGGAAAGGACCGAAAUUGUUUGCCAUGCAACCUAAAACAAUAACAGUGCCUACCUGAACGCCACCUUUGUCUGGGACACGCCCUGAGGAUGGCUCUGAUCGAGGGCGUGGGCGAUGAGGUGACAGUGCUCUUUGGGGUGGUGUUGCUAGUCCUGGUGCUGGUGCUGGCAUGGGCCUCUACUCACACGGUCGACCGCACCGAGCACCUGUUUGCCUCCAGUCCCACUACUGCCCCCCUGCACCGGACGGCCCCCUCCCAGGAGAACACCAGUCAUGAUGCCAGCCCUUUGGAGAGCCCCCCGGCUGCUGGUAGCAGCGAGGAGGGGAGUAAGGAGGAGUCCCCUAGAGAGCCGGCCGAUGGGGAACAGAGCAGGGGGGGAGCAGGGGGCAACCUCCCCGAGCUCGGAGAAUUCGGAGUGGAAGGUUUACGACACAGAGAGACUGUUGAUGCUGGCCCCUCCCUGCAGCAGCCCGGCCAUGAUGGAGGUGACACCCCUGAUGAUGCCCAGAGGAGCAUGGUCCUUAGGCUCAAGUUCCUCAACGACACGGAGAGAGUGGCCCAAGUCAAGCCGGAAGACACCAUCGGCUACAUCAAGAGGACGUACUUUGCAGGGCAGGAGCACCAGGUGCGUUUGAUCUACCAGGGCCAGCUCCUACGCGACGAUGCCCAGACACUGGCCUCGCUCAACCUGACCGACAACUGCGUCCUGCACUGCCACAUCUCCCAGCACGCCACGCCCCAGGUGCCCGCAGGGGCGCGGGCGGCCGACCAGGUUCACGUGGCCCUCAAUGUGGGCAGCCUGAUGGUGCCCCUCUUCGUGCUCAUGCUGUCCGUGCUCUGGUAUUUUCAGAUCCAGUACCGGCACUUUUUCACGGCCCCUGCCACUGCCUCGCUGGUGGGCAUCACCAUCUUCUUUAGCUUUGUGGCGUUCGGGGUGUACCGUCGAUGAGCCCCCCGCUCCCCCGCCGGAGUGUGCCAGGCCCCCCUUCUCCCCCCCCCUUUCCCGCCCAGUGCCGGUUUUUGCUGCGUAAUGUGAAGGGCCAGAGUAGGAAAUGUGCAGUGAAGCAAUUUCGGGAAGGUGGGGCUGAAAAACAUAUAUUUCAGGUCAUUCUCAGCUGAACACACCCCCACGUAAGAAAUAAAUCACACAGUGGAAUAUGUGGAAUGUUUUUAAACUUUCUUUUCUAAUAUAUAGAUUUACCAUGUGUGUGUAUGCAUUAUGGGAGAAUUGGGUAGACUCAUCGUGCCUAUACAGCUGUCCCCCCCCCCCUGCCCCCCCCAUUCCUCGACAUGUCUGGUUAGCAGGACCCUAUUGAAACUUGGGAGUCUCUGGCUGCCCUUGUCGUCCCCCCCUUUCGGACUGGGCUGUUCGUUUACGGUCUUUUCCAGCUGAAACUGGCAUUACUGCUGCUGUGUGUCUGGACUUGAAGCAUAAUUUGUGUAAAAUAGCUUUCAAUACAGGAUCUAUUAAAUCAUUCUUUUAUUUA